AAUUUGGGCAGGGUUCAACACCCAUUUUGGGCUAUUCUUUAUAAAGCCGAUGUGAUCUGACUUAAAGAUUCAAUGCAUGUAAAUUCAUUCUUUCAACCACUGGAGCGUGAUUUUUAUAUAAAAAAACAACUAAAGACUCAAAAAUCAGGAGAUGUCUUUUGUUGUGAAAAUGAAUAAAUCAAAAAGCAGCAGCAACCAAAACAAUGGGAAGAAUGAAAAGUUGAUGAACGGAAACGCUGUGCAUCACGUCCGUGUGAAGACUCAUGUCAACCCAGACAAAACGAAGAGCGACAAGCUCAGGUGGACCGUCAGAGCCUCAGAAAUGUCCAAAAACACGCUCAAUCCCAUCCGAGCUAUAGUGGAUGGGAUGAAACUGACUCCCAACCCUGAGAAACCUAUGAUCGCCCUGUCUAUUGGUGACCCUACUGUGUUUGGGAACUUACCAACAGAUGACACCGUUCUGCAAGCAAUGAAGAAGGCCAUUGACUCAAACAAAUACAAUGGCUACGCUCCCUCAGUAGGUUACCAGAAAAGUAGAGAAGCUGUUGCAAAUUUCUACAAUCGACCAGAAGCUCCACUGGAAUCCAAGGAUGUGAUCUUGGCCAGUGGUUGCAGUCAGGCUAUUGAAUUGGCUUUGAGUGUGUUGUGUAACCCAGGGGACAAUAUCUUAGUCCCGUGUCCUGGAUUCUCCCUUUACAAGACUCUAGCAGUGUCUAUGGGCAUCCAGGUCAAGCUCUACAAUCUGCUACCAGAGAAAUCCUGGGAGAUUGAUCUUCAGCAUCUGGAGAGUCUUGUAGAUGAGAAAACCGCCUGCGUGAUCGUCAACAACCCAUCCAAUCCGUGCGGUUCUGUGUUCAGCAAGGAACACCUUCAAAAGAUAAUUUCCGUUGCUUCAAGAAACUGUGUCCCUAUCCUUGCUGAUGAGAUCUAUGGAGACAUGGUAUUCCCUGGACGUGACUUUUAUCCUAUGGCAUGUCUCAGUAGUGACGUGCCCAUCCUGUCCUGUGGUGGUCUGGCCAAGCGCUGGUUGGUUCCAGGCUGGAGGAUGGGCUGGAUCCUAAUCUAUGAUCGUAACAACAUCUUUGGAAAUGAAAUACGAGAGGGUCUUGUAAAACUGAGUCAGCGCAUUUUGGGACCUUGCACUAUUGUCCAGGGAGCAUUAGAGAGCAUUUUAAACAACACACCCGUGGAAUUCUACCAAAGAACUGUCGGUUUCCUCAAGUCAAACUCAGAGAUAUGUUUCUCAGAGUUGUCAACUGUUCCCGGCCUGAACCCAGUGAUGCCAGCUGGAGCCAUGUACAUAAUGGUGGGAAUCGAGAUGGAACAUUUCCCAGAAUUCCAGAAUGACGUGGAGUUCACUGAACGUCUGGUCACAGAACAAUCUGUGUUCUGUUUACCCGCUACGGCAUUUGAGUAUCCCAACUUCUUCCGAAUCGUGGUAACAGUUCCCGAGGAGAUGAUGGCGGAGGCGUGCGUUCGAAUUAGAGAAUUCUGCACACGUCAUUACCGACCUCGCAGUCAAGACAGCAAUGAUCUGGACCAAUAAAAAUAAAGACAGACAUGUGGAGGGGAGGUCAAAGGUCAGGCGUAAUGUAGUGCACAUGGCUGUAAAGUAAAAGUCCACUUAUGUGCAUCACAUGUGACAAAGGUCAAAAUGCAGAUCAAAUGUUUUUUCUUUCAGGAAACUAACAGUUCUGACUUUAUAUUUAUGUUUUUGUAUGAGUCAGUAUUAUAUGGGGAAAGGGGGGAUUGCAUGAAUGUGAAUGUUUUAGUGUAUUGUAUAGUAUAUUGUUUGUAUUCUUACACUAUAAAAGACAAUGUGGCAUGUCUGGAGCACAAAGGCAUUUAAUCUCUAACCUCCGUUAUGUUAUAUACUUAUCUUAUACGUAAAGAACAUUUUGUAAUGAAUCUGUUAAGUUUGCAUGCUCAACCCUAACUGACAUGUGACCCUGCCUGUGAAAACCUAAAUCAAAUUUUGGGAUAGGCAUGAAAGAUUGAUUUCAUGCAUUCAUUUUACUAUGAUUUUAAUGUUUGACAUGGCUUAACUCAGUGAAUGACAAAGAUAUCAAGGUUAUAUACUCACAGAAUGUUCUUUACGAAUUUAUGUAGAAAACAGUAAAUCGCAAAAUAUGACUUUAAAUGGAUUUUAACAGCCAGGGGGUCACAUGAAUGCAACAUAUAUGCCUUUUAAGGUUUUAUUCAUUUUCGUUUUCAAUGAUUGAAUUUAAGCUAUUUAAAUAAAAUUGUAUCUCAGAA